UUUGCACACGAAAAAUUCCGCUUGGCUCGAAUUCAAUUUAUGCGAGGUUAUCAGUCUAGUCAGGAUGUUCGGAAUAAGUGGGAAGGUUGCUCUGGUAACUGGAGGUGCAGCAGGUAUUGGUUUGGCUGCAGCAGAUGAAUUACUGAAAGAAGGAGCAAGGGGUGUUGCGAUUGCAGAUAUUUCGAAACAUGAUGGGGAGAAAACGAUUGACAUAUUGAGAAAAAAAUACGGACAUGAGAAGGUUAUUUUUGUGCGCACAGAUGUGACAAAGAAGAGUAGUUUGGAUGAUGCUUUCAAACAUACAUUGGCAGCUUUUAACAAUAUCGACAUCGUAGUCAACAAUGCAGGAAUAUUCAAUGACAAGAACUAUGAAUUGUGUAUUGAUGUUAACAUAACUGGAGCAGUCCACUGUUUGAGUUUAGCCAUCGAUAAAUACCUACCAACAUAUAAAUCUGGAUCAGAGGCAGUCAUCAUAAAUACAACAUCUGAAGCAGGAACGUUCGUAUAUCCUUUUAUGCCGGUGUAUUCAGCAACAAAAAGUGCAUUGCUCAGUUUGACAAUGUCUUUAGGAAAUAGAGUAUUCUUUAACAGGAAUAAAGUGAGAGUUGUGGGAAUUGCACCUGGUCUAACUCAGACCGCAUUGGUCAGUUCAAUCCAGAAAGACGCUUUUAAUGAUCUUUGCAGCGAGUAUCUUGGAAAGGAUUUCGGUAGUUAUGAGAAUCAGUCCGUGGAUUACGUCGCUAGGUGCAUAAUGGAAAUCAUCAAGACAAAACCUUCUGGUACUGUAUGGAUAGCUGCAGAAGAAAAGGAAUUGGUUGAAUUCAUUCCAGCCCUGCCAACUUAUGAAUAUGAAGAUGAUUAAAUCAAGAUAUGUACCUAUAAGAGCCUUAUUUUCAGACAAUGUCAUGAGAAUAAAUAAACUAUUGAAGUAUU